AUGUUGCGUGAAGUUAAAGCUAAGAACCCGCGCACUGCGCGUAUCCUGAAGGCGCGCGAGCCUCAACUCAUCGAGAACCCGAAAAAGACACUACUGCUGCACGGCACAAAAUGUCCUCAGGCACUUGACACCGUCCUCAAGACAUUUAACUCCCUGACUAAGCCCAAUUCCGUGCUUUUCCACAAGAAGAAUGCCAAUGUUCACCCCUUUGAGAACACCGAGAGCCUGGAGUUCAUGGCCAACAAGAACGAGUGCGGCCUGGUAGUCUACGGAAGCAGCAACAAGAAGCGACCCAACUGUCUCACACUUGCCCGAAUUUUCAGCUCACAACUAUUGGAUCUGUGUGAGCUGAUCCUUCUGCCUGCCGCCGAGGCAGGUGAUAUUCCUCCGAUCAAUGAGCUGGUCAUGCACGUCGGCCAAGGACUGCGCCCAAUGAUGCUGUUCGCAGGAAGCCCCUGGGACGACCCGACCUCCCAAUCGCAUGUCAUGCUCAAGAGCUUCUUCCUGGAUAUGUUCAAGGGCGAGGAGACCGACCGUAUCGACGUUGAGGGUCUGCAGUACGUGCUGAUGGUUGCCGCCGAGGAGCCGCGCGAGGAUCUGUCCCCCGUUGUGCACCUGCGAUGGUAUAAGGUCCUUACCAAGCGGAGUGGUCACAAGCUUCCCCGUGUGGAACUAGAGGAGAUUGGUCCCAAGUUCGAUUUCAAGAUUGGACGUUUCCGUCCUGCGGCACCGGAUGCCAUGAAGGAGGCCAUGAAGCAAGGCAAGCGACCGAACGAGGAGGCCAGAACCAAGAAGAACAUCACCACAGACGCUGUUGGUGACAAGAUGGGUCGUGUUCACUUGGCUAAGCAAGAUCUGGGCGGUCUCCAGACUCGCAAGAUGAAGGGUCUGAAGCGCCGAGCCGAGGUCGAGUCGGACGAUGACGAGGAGAUGGAGAUGAUGGAUGUGGAUGAGAUUUUGGAAGAGGAAGGCCACAAGCGGGCUCGUACAGACUAG